AUGUCGUGGCUUUUUAGGAAACAGAUGUCAAUCUCCGCGCGUGAACUAUCAAUACCAUCUCCACUGCCACCACCAGAACAUCCAGAUCCUGCGACAUUUGAUGAACAGACAUAUAGUCCCUUUUUCUCCAAAACACCUGCCGAGAUCAGGAACGAUAUCUAUGCUUAUACCUUCCAAGCUGGAGCGCGCGAGCUCUUGAGCGUUAAAGCUCAUCCUUUGUCCUUCCUCCUCACAAGUUACGGCUGCAAAAGACUUCAUAGCUACGAGAACUCGAACAUUAUCGCGAAUGCGAUACUGCUCUUUCCAAAUCUGGAGCGAUUCGAAAUCCGCAUCUUGCGUGGCCGAAAGACUUCUGAGGACGUUCACUGUAGCUAUGAUCCUCAGGAGCAUGAGCAUGGUCAUGCGGGAGCCGUGCGCAAGCAUGUGCCCCACUGGUUUCACUCGAUCAUCGAUAAUGUGACGAAGGGCUGUGCGUAUAAAUGGCAGACAGGGGAACACUGGAUGGCCGAGUGGCCACAAUUAGAGGACGGCGAAUAUUUCGAGACUGCGGAAGACUACGAUUUGAGUGGUAGCACACAGAUAGCUCCCUUCAUGAGUCCAGACGCCGUCGGGAAAGUGAGGGGAGUGCAAAAGUGCCCUUGCCGAUGCGGUAACGUGGUCUGGACCAGCGCCAACAUUAUCCAAGAAACUGGACGCAUGAUAAAAAUCGAUUCAGUAUUUUAUGGUCCGGAGGAUCGAGUUUGCACCGAUGCCAAGCUAGAAGCCUCAAUAUUGGCACGACUGGCCCCUGAGACCAUCGUCUUACAAGAAGGUGAUCAUCCGUUAAAUCUGGCGCCUGGAUUCAGGCUCGAUGACAAGAUGACCGCUACCAGCUAUGCAUGGGACGCAGAUCGGCAAUAUUGGGAUGAUUUGCGAAGGAGAAAUGGAGAUUGUAAAGCGUUUUGCAAACUGGCGUGGCAGCUUACGACAUCGAUAACACACGAAGAGCAAUUUCCGGGCUCUAGAGCUCGGAACGAGGGAGACUGGCCCAUUAUGACGGAGAUGGCAAAGGUGAAGCAUGAUCCGGCCGCUGGAGACGGUGGAGGAGUAGAUCAGGCUGCAGAUGGGUGA